AUGACGACAUAUCUACCGCCACCAACACCACAACCGAUACCAUCGCCACCAACACCACAACCGAUACCAUCGCCACCAACACCACAACCGAUACCAUCGCCACCAACACCACAACCGAUACCAUCGCCACCAACACCACAACCGAUACCAUCGCCACCAACACCACAACCGAUACCAUCGCCACCAACACCACAACCGAUACCAUCGCCACCAACACCACAACCGAUACCAUCGCCACCAACACCACAACCGAUACCAUCGCCACCAACACCACAACCGAUACCAUCGCCACCAACACCACAACCGAUACCAUCGCCACCAACACCACAACCGAUACCAUCGCCACCAACACCACAACCGAUACCAUCGCCAACACCACCACAACCGAUACCAUUCCCAACACCACAACCGAUAUCCACUAAGUAA